AUGUGGAAGCAUGAUGAUGACAAGGCUGGGACUGUUCUGAAUGCAAGUUUAAGUGGAAAGAAAUCAGCUGAGAAGUGGGAUGAAAAUUUAUUUACCUUCUUGGUUUGUGCACGCGGGACUGGACGCGGCGGGAGGGCGGGGAUCCGGCAGCCCCUCUGCCGCGCACCCACACCCCCGGCUCCCAGCGGGCGGGACGCUGCGCGGGGGCGGGCGGUGAGCGAGGCCGCCCCGAGCCGCCGGCGCCGCAGGAACGCCAACCGGUCGGGAGGGCUCCGCUCUCGAUUGAGGCUGCCUGGCGGGGGCGGCCGUUACCGCCGUCGGCGCCGUCCGCUCUGUGGCUCUCGUCCCCGCGCCGCCGUCAUGUGGAGAGCGGCGGUCGCCGCCAAGGCCCAAGCGUGGGCGCUGCGCCGCGGCCCGGCGCGCGGGGCGGUCAGCGUGGCCGUGACCCCCGCGGCCGGGCUGGCGGACGAGCGGGUGGACACGCGGGUGGCGGGGCUGGGCCCGGGGCAGCCGGUGACGCUGCGGGCGGUGGCGUCCGACGAGCGGGGCUGCCUCUUCCAGUCGUGCGCGCACUACCGAGCGGACGGCCGCGGCGAGCUGCACCUGGGCACGGACGCCUCGCACGGCGGGGACUACACCGGCGUGGAGCCCAUGGGGCUCUUCUGGAGCCUGGCGCCCGCGGGCAUGGAGAGGCCGUACCAGCGGCUCGUCCCCCGCAGCACCGGCAUCCCGAUGAAGGUGGAGAUGUUGGUUCACCGGGGCCACAGCCAGUCCGGCGCCAUCCACGGGCCGGUGAUGGCCAAGGCCGAGGUGGAGAGGUGGUUCACGGCCCCCGGCGUCAGGAGGAUUCGGCUGAAGGAGGGCGCCGUGAGGGGCUCUCUCUUCCUGCCGCCGGGGGAUGGCCCCUUUCCAGGAGUCAUUGACAUGUAUGGUGAUGAAGGAGGUUUGGUUGAAUUUAGAUCCAGUCUCCUGGCUACCCGUGGUUUUGCAGCUCUUUCUCUGCCAUAUUUUGACUUUGAAGAUCUGCCUAAGGUCAUGAAAGAAUUUAAACUUGAGUACUUUGAGGAGGCAGCUAGAUUUCUACAGCGUCACCCAAAGGCCAUUAAAUAAAUGCACACUGGAAAAUUGACAAAUGCUGAUCAUGAGGACAAUGAAGUGCUGGAACAACCUUCCGCUGGAACAGUGGUGAUGUAUGUAUGUGGUGUUUUUGUGGGGUUUUGUUUGUUGUUUUAAUGAAAGCAGUUAGCUUACGAGAGGGUGGCACAGCACUGCUCAGUGCUACAGACGAUUUGAUAACUUGAGAUGUUCCUUUGUUUUACUCUCCAGGCUAGAACAGGAAAAGGCUGAAUACGUAUCUAAUUCUCAAAUGUCAUUUGUGAGAUGACUUUAUGUGCCAGGGACAUAUUUUGCAAUUGACUGUAUUUGAAUUUCCUGCUACCUGUUUGGGGGAAAAUAUUUGCAAGAAAAUACACAGCGGUUGAAUUCCAAGUGAUUGUACUUGUUGUUCCUAGCCAACAUUCCUAUCCAAAUGUGAUACCAGUGUUAUUUUACGGUGUUUGACAUUUAUUAUUGGCUCUGAAGAAGUCUGGGUCCAGGCUAUAGCUUUCCAAUAGGUCACCUCAGUAAUUAACUUUUUUUUUUUUUUUU